AUGGAUGACAAGAAAUCAAGUACAACCAGAGUCGGCAAAAUGCUUCUACUGGCUUUAUAUAACAUUGAGACCUUGUUCCAGUUCUCCUAUUCUGCGAUUACCCCAGUCUGGGCGAACUUGGGGAAUAUCGUGUAG